UAGAAACUCUCAUCAUUUAAACCUGUCGGCCUCGAAGCUACUAUUCGGGCACGUAAUCAACAUAAAAAUGUUGGCGAGACCAUCUUCUUCGACUCUCCGACUUGAACUUCCUUCCCUCCUUCCCAGCUGCCGCCGCACAUGUACUCGCAACUUCUCCAGCUUCGCUCCUUUUCGGUUGCCGAAAGACCACGCCCCACGUUUUUACCCCACCAAGACCAAGACGUUUGACCCCUCUAUUCACCUCAAACUCUUCCCCUCCGAAGCUUCAUCUACUUUUUUAUCCUCAUCUAUAUCACAUCGUUUCUCUUUCCAAGCAAGACAUUUAAGCACCAUGUCUGCCGUUAAGGAAUACUCUCUUCUCUGUCUCGAGAACCCUCUCCUCGACAUCCAGGCCAAGGGUGACCAGGCCCUUCUUGACAAGUAUGGUCUCAAGCCUAACGACGCCAUCCUCGCAGAGGAGAAGCAUCUCCCUCUCUACGAAGACCUCCUAAACAACUACGAUGCCAAGCUGAUUGCUGGAGGCGCUGCACAAAACAGUGCUCGAGGUGCUCAGUACAUCCUCCCUCCUAACAGUGUCGUCUACCUUGGUGGCGCUGGUGAUGACAAGUAUGCUGCUAUCCUUCACGAUGCUGUCAAGGCCGCUGGUCUCCGUGUUGAAUACCGCGUCGACCCCAAGGAGAAGACUGGCCGAUGUGGUGCUAUCAUCACCGGCCACAACCGAAGCCUGUGCACAGAUCUUGGCGCUGCUAACCACUACGACCUCGAUCACUUAAAGAAGCCUGAGAUCUGGAAGCUCGUUGAGAACGCUGAGGUCUACUACGUCGGUGGUUUCCACUUCACUGUCUGCCCUCCUGCCAUUAUGGAGCUCGCUAAGCAGGCUGCUGAGCACAACAAGCCUUUUGUUCUCUCCCUGUCUGCUCCUUUCAUCCCUCAAUUCUUCAAGGAGGUUGUCGAUGCCAGCGCCCCUUACUGGGACUACAUCAUCGGCAACGAGACCGAGGCCGCCGCCUACGCCGAGUCCCACGGCCUCCCUAGCAAGGAGCCCAGGGAUGUUGUCAAGCACCUCGCCAACCUUCCCAAGGAGAAUACCAAGAGAAAGCGAAUUGCCAUUGUCACUCAGGGUACCGACCCUACUCUGGUUGCUAUCCAGGGUGAGGACGAUAUUAAGGAGUUCCCCGUUCACGCUAUCGAGAAGGAGAAGAUCAACGACACCAACGGUGCUGGUGACGCCUUUGCUGGUGGUCUCCUGGCUGGUAUCCUCCAGAACAAGCCCCUCGAAACCAGCAUUGACAUGGGCCAGUGGCUCGCUCGUUUGAGCAUCCAGGAGCUUGGACCUUCAUACCCCUUCCCCAAGCAAACCUACCAGGCUGCUUAAAUCUAUUAACAACUCAUCUUGCACAUCCUUCUUGGAUAAUUGAAUGUGGUUCGGCGUUGCUGGGGAAAAGGGAAACGGUUUCAACAACGGCGUUUGCAUCCAAAGGGAGAAUAUACCCCAAACUGAGGG